AUGGACCCUCCGACGGCCGAUUCCGCUGCUAUGAAGUUGGAGCGUGCUGUGAUGCUUCGCGACAUUGCAGCUGGCGGGGCAGAUAGGUCUCUGGCGCCCACUGAUGAAAAGGAACCCAAGAUUGGGCCUCCGCUCGGCGGUGCCAACGUUGUUAGGCCGGGCCGCACAGCUAGCAAGGGGCGCCGCUCUCGGGGAGAGGACAGAGGCCCCAAGUACCCGUCAACUCUUCCAGCGAAGCGGUCCAAUCUCAAGGCCGACUUGGACGAAGUCGCUGGCCAUGGCAGCCGGCCGCGGGUUGGAGAUGCCCCUUACUUUCCCUCGGACAUUGGUCUCCUCAUCAACGACACUGUUCGCAUAUAUUCCAACUUGCCCACCUUGUCCUUGUCCAUACCUCGGGCCGUGGAAGCGAAUGAGCGGCUCCAUGCGCCCGAUGUAGACCUCGACCUGGUCGCUCACGGCUCUCUGUUGGAGGAUCUCCGCAAGUUGGUCGAGCAACUGCGCAAGACUCCGCAAGACGCCCACCAUGACGGGCGACGACUCUUGGGCUCCGCCUUUUCAGACAAGUACUCGUUGAUGCUCGACAGAUCCCGGGGAACCACUCAUUGGGACAUCGGGAGCACUCCCACGCCGCGCCAGUUUGUCGCUUUCCUUACCUCGACAAUGCACCCCAACGCGCCUGUCGACGUAACCGCCUCGAUAACGGCUCAGCUACAACAUUCUGGACGCAUUGUCCUUUCGCACAGCGAGCUCAGCCCAAAAAACAUCAUCGUGAACAACGGGGUGAUUGUUAGCAUUAUUGGGUGGGACUACGGCGGCUGGUACCCGGAAUGGUGGGAUUAUGUCAAGUUCUUCGAAGCUGGCACCAAGCUCCACGACUGGCACAGCUAUGCCGACGAAAUCUUCGAGAAGAAGUUUCGGCAAGAACUGGUGGCGUACCAGGCUCUCAUGCGGUGCCACACGUCGUGA